GUGGAUCGCUGCCGGCAAGGAGCGCAGCAGAGAUGGCGUCGUGCAGCAACAUGGUGUGGAUCUGUGUCACAUGGAUCUGCCUCUUACUCAUCGCCGCACCGGUCCGGUGUUUCGUCCCUCCCGCCUCGGUGCAGUCCCUGCGGAGGAGCGGUGCCUCCCGCACCCCACACAUCCGCCCACACCCCUCCCCCCUGUUGCCGCCAGCUAUAGACGCGCCGCUUUCUGAUGAGCUCACAAGGCGCACCGACGGCUCGCCGCUGACGGUGCGUCAUGCAGGGUUCUUUGGGCUGGGUCCAACGGAGAUUGUGGUCAUCGUCGUGGCGGCAGGUGGGUAAGGUGAUAUCUUGCACUAACUAGAGAGAUGGAUGGCGAUGGCUGUGGUCAGCUGAUCCGACGCACUGGCUCAGUUGUGAUGUGUUUGUGUUGUGUGUGACGUCUUGGCAUACAGGUCUGUUGCUUGGCCCUGAGAAGGUGGGCAAGUUCGCCCGGGACCUUGGCAAGAUAGCUGGGGAGCUCAAGGAGGUGCCCAAAGAGUUCCAGCAGGGCAUCUCCGAUGGCGAGAACGUCGAGGAGGUAACCAAGAGAGGGAGAGAGGGACCAACCCGCCCAUCUGUUAAAACUCGUGUGUGUCAGAUGCGCAAGGAGAAGGUGCAGCAGAAGGAGGCGUGGCGGCAGCAGCUGGCCGAGAUGAAGAACGAGGGACAACCGCAGCAGCAGGCAGCUUCCACCACAGCCACCGACGCAGCCAAGCCACCGUCAUCCGCCCCAGCCCCCAGCUCACCACCUUCGCAGCAGCCAGUGGCUGCCGAGAAGGUCCCGUCAGAGCAACAGAAGACUGCAUGAGCCACCACCAGCAUUGGGAGCGGCGUUCCAUAGAGGGGGGGUGGUCUGCAAAGGAAGC